UGCCGGUUUUCUUUGCCGUAGAAUGCUCGGUUUGACAUCAUUAAUUUUGACCUCAAACAUCGGUGUUGUAAGUUGAGCUGCAAAGACGUCUAUAAGUGCUGUUUCUGUUUCUAUUUUGCGUCUAUUUGAGCGAAACUCCCUUCUUCCCUUCCAGUCACUCGUUUUAUUCUUCUUCAAGGGCACCGUUCUUCUGUCCAUAACCUCCAAACAUCUAUCAUGCGGUCGAUCCUAGCAUUGGCCGUCUUAGGCACUGCCAUUCCUUCCCUCGCGGCACCCCAAUUCGAUCUCGGCGCGCUCCUCGGCCUCCCAUCCUCCUCUCUGGAACCGGGCGCCAGCAACUCCGGCCCCACGACGGCUGAUCGCGCUGAAUGCUUUGCCCUCGAAUGGAUCCACGGCCGCGGCACCACCGAACCGGCCUCCCUCGGCUCCCGUCUCGGGCCCAACUUGAAGAAUCAACUCGUCCAGCGACUCGGCAACCGUGUCAACGUCAUCGGUCUUGUCUUUCCAGCGAGCUUCCAACUGCCGCAGAGCCCGCAAACCGGCGUGAACAACCUGGUUGCGAGGAUCCGUCAGCGGUCACAGCAGUGCCCCGACAUGCUAUUCGGUAUAUCGGGGUAUAGCCAGGGCGCAGACAUCGCUCACGGCGCAAUCCAGCUCCUGCCCGACUACGCGGAUCGGAUCCUCGCCCUCGCCAUGUUCGGUGACCCACUCACCGCCAUCGGCUGGCCCGCCGCGUACGCCGACCGCGUCAUCAACACCUGCGAUCCCGCCGACCAAGCAUGCGGCGGGCGAGGUACGUCGGGGCACAUGCUCUACGGCGCGGAGGACAACGUGCUGCACGUGGUGGCGGCGCAGUAUAUCACCGCAAAGUUCCUCGCUGGGAAACCCGCACCCGCCGCGGGGGCGAAGACCUUGAAGGCUCUCCCUCAGCUCGGAGAUUCGGCGAAGUUUUUGACGGAUCGAAGCUGGCCGCCGGCGAACUGGAAGUCGAAGUACCCGGACGGAACGGUGGUGAAGCCGAUUGGAUUGACAGGGACGGAUAGGCAGAGCGUUACGGCAGCGUUGGCGAAUUUCGAUUUUAAGUUGGAUACUUCGUUGGCUGGGAGCGUCAUCCCACCUGGGGCAGCGCAGUGAUAGGUUUCAAUGCCUGUGGCGCCACAAUGCAAAGUAAUACUUUGCGUAUAUUGCAAGGGAGUUAUAAAUACAUCCAUCAGCUUUGCAAGUCAGAGUAUGUGUGAAGACACGAGAUACAUAUCCGCAAUAUAGGGACACCUGCAGUAGACGAC